GUACAGCUUCGUGAGCACAUCCCUCCAUCUCUACUCAUCUACUUUCCCUCUCUCGAUCCUACCUCUGUUUCUGAGCUUUUUCAUUUUGCCUCUUCCAUUUCAUUGAUACUAGACAACAACAUGGUCAGCCAACACGGUGUGCAGGGAGUGCUGGGUGAAGAUGGCAUCCACGUCGAUAUGCAGCACCUGAAGAGUGGAGAAGUAAACCUGGGAACCUCGAUCAUGGCCAUCAACUUCAAGGACGGUGUCAUCCUCGGUGCCGAUAGCCGAACCACAACCGGAGCCUACAUUGCCAACCGAGUCACCGACAAAUUGACACAAGUGCACGACACCAUCUGGUGCUGCCGUUCGGGCUCAGCAGCGGAUACCCAGGCCGUGGCCGACAUCGUUUCAUACCACCUCAACAUGUACGGCGUGGUCAACAACGAGGCACCCAGCACACAGGUGGCAGCCUCGCUCUUCCAAGAGCUGUGCUAUGAGAACAAGGACUCUCUCAGUGCGGGCAUCAUCAUUGCCGGAUACGACCCUCGCCACGGUGGUCAGGUAUACUCGAUUCCGCUGGGCGGAUCCCUCCACAAACAGUCGUUCGCCAUCGGCGGUUCAGGAUCGACCUACAUCUACGGUUAUACCGAUGCGAACUGGAAAGAGAACAUGACAGAGGCCGAGGGUAUCGACUUUGUGCGCAAUUCCCUGCAGGAGGCUAUCAAGUGGGAUGGCAGCUCGGGUGGUGUCAUCCGUAUGGUGGUGCUGACCAAAAAGGGUGCGGUGCGGCACUUGUACCUGCCGGACACCAACUACACCGGGCCUGGCGUGACGAAUUAAAUCUCUCAUGUACUAAUAGCAUGUGUUUUCUUUCUUUUGGGGAUAGUUCUCUUUCCGAAUGGAAGAAAAUGGGAAUGAAAUGUCCUUUUUACGAUCAUAUCAGUAACCUCAACCUCGGCCUCGGCCUCGGAAGUUGGUUUUUAGGAGUAGUGUGGCUUUUUUUGUCUUUCGUGUUGGUACCUCUUUUGU